AUGGAUGCUGGACUGACCAUACUCAGAGUCGGAGGUAUAGACUGUGCAACAGUGAAAGACGAGUAUUUCAAUUCCAUUCGUCGGUUUUGUAACGUCUCGGACUGUUUUCUCGCUGGUAACUUUGAUUUCGAGAAUCUAUCGAGCGGAGGAGGAAAGGGUGGCGACCUUCUCUCGCGUACUUUAGAUGGAAAAUACAUCGUGAAACAACUUAACGGCUGCGACUCGAAAUCGCUGCUAGAGAAAGAAUUUCUGAAAUCGUAUGUUGAUCUCGUUUCCAGUGGUUCUUCCUUUAUUUGCAAAAUUGUCGCGGUGUUUCUUCAUCCUAAGCUCGGGAACUUUCUGGCUAUGAUUAAUUGCUUGCCAACGCACGUUGAAUCGUGGAGUGGAAUUUUCGACGUGAAAGGCACAGCUGACGACAAAGUGCUGGUCGAGGAUGGAACACGUGUUCCUGAAGUUCACAAGAGGUGCUGGAAUUUGAAGUGGAUGCUUUCUGAAGCCAUCGGAUGCGAAAAAUGUGUUCCCACUCAGAGGAGAAGAUACAUCGCAGGGAAAAAGACGGCGUACCGAAUCCCUUUAUAUGUCACUAAAGACCAAAAGGUUGAAAUACUUAAUUCCCUUGACGAAGCUCUGACACUUUUUGAGCAGUAUGGGCUCAUGGACUACUCAAUGAUUAUUGGAAUAUUUCGACCCCCACCAUCUACGACAGCAAGCGAGCUGUUACGCUUAUCGAGUUUGCCUAAUUGCAAAGCAUAUUUGUCUCAACACUGUGGGGAUACGACUGUGAUAUACUUCGGUUUGAUUGACUUUCUGCAGGCCUGGACUGGUGCGAAAAAGUGUGCCUCUGUCAUGAAAACGUGUUGUGCUCCGGCACCUAUAUCAACUAUUUCACCGAAGAAAUAUGCACGGCAGUUUCGAAAGUUUUUCCAGUGGAAGUUGCGAGGUGUUGCGCAUGACGUGAUAUCAUCGGCUCGGAGCCAUGAUUCUCUCAUCUCCUCCAAGACAGCCACCUGUACAUUUUUUGAUGAGGUUGAUGAACUGAAGGCUACUGUUGGAUGGCUGCACGAAAAAUUGGCUCGAGUGGAGUCUAGAAUCACAGAGUUAGAGAAGUGA